AUGGGUCCGGGUAGGGAUGUUUGGAAAUGGAAAUAUGCUUCUGAUGGCUUUUUUAAUGUGGCUGGGAUAAAGAAAAUAUUAAGUACAGCUAAUCGUGUAAGGCCAACAAAGGUGUUUAAAUGGAAUAACUGGAUCCCAAAGAAGGUAGCUAUAGUGGCUUGGAGAGCUGAGAUGGAAAGGCUUCCGACCAAGUGUGCAUUGGCGAUGAGGAAUAUUACGGUGCAAAAUAAUUUGUGUGUACUUUGUGGUGAUUAUGCAGAAACGUGCGAGCAUAUAUUUGUAGCAUGUCAGUUCGCCCAAAUGAUUUGGCAAAACAUUGCGGACUGGUGUAAAAUCCCACCUAUAAUUGCUUUUGAUUUGUAUGAUUUGCUUUCCUUACACGAAACUUGCUCGGGUGCGUCAUCGAAGAAAAAGAAGGUGCUUCAUGCAGUGAUCUUGGUGACUAUGUGGAGUCUUUGGAAGCUAAGAAACGAGACCGUUUUUAGUCAAUCGAAUCCUAACACAACGAAGAUCUUAGACGAGAUUAAAGCCAUGGCAUUCCUUUGGGUGAAGAAUCGAUCAAAAAUGGUUUCCUUGUCGUGGGAAGAUUGGUAUCGUUUUGAAAUUCGUGGUUAG